CCGGCGGGCGCGGAGCAGCGCCCCGGGCCCCCCUCGCCGCUGCGCCUUUAACGCGGCGACUCCGCCGCCGCCGCCUCCCAGCUCGGGGCCCGGCGGCGGCGCAGCGAAGAUGGCGGAGUCCGGCGGGGCCGAGUUCGCCGCGGAGCGGCCGAGCAGCAUGGCUGACAAGAACAGCACCCUGAAAUGCACGUUCUCUGCUCCUGGCCACAGCACCACUCUACUGCAGGGACUGGCCUCGCUCCGAGCUCAGGCUCAGCUGCUUGAUGUCAUCCUCACUAUAAAUAAUGAAGUGUUUCAGGUUCAUAAAGUUGUCUUGGCUGCCUGCAGUGACUAUUUCAGGGCAAUGUUCACAGGCGGGAUGCGAGAAGCCAGCCAAGAUGUGAUCGAACUGAAAGGUGUAUCUGCAAAAGGACUGAAACACAUAAUAGACUUUGCGUACAGUGCUGAAGUGACUCUUGAUCUUGACUGCAUUCAGGAUGUGCUGGGAGCUGCUGUCUUCCUCCAGAUGGUGCCUGUCGUGGAGCUCUGCGAAGAAUUUCUGAAGUCUGCCAUGAGCGUAGAAACGUGUCUCAACAUUGGGCAGAUGGCCACCACCUUCAGCCUCGCAUCCUUGAAGGAAUCGGUGGACGCCUUCACCUUUCGGCAUUUCCUCCAGAUCUCCGAGGAGGAGGAUUUCCUCCACCUGCCUCUGGAGCGCCUCGUUUUCUUCUUGCAGAGCAAUAAGCUGAAAAGCUGCAGCGAGAUAGACCUCUUCCGUGCUGCCGUCCGCUGGCUGCAGUACGACCCCGCGCGCCGUGCCAACGCCAGCCAGGUGCUCUGCCACAUCCGCUUCCCGCUCAUGAAGUCCUCGGAGCUGGUGGACAGCGUUCAGACCUUGGACAUCAUGGUGGAGGACGUCCUGUGCCGGCAGUAUUUGCUGGAGGCCUUCAAUUACCAGAUCCUGCCCUUUCGCCAGCACGAGAUGCAGUCCCCGCGCACCACCAUCCGCUCGGACGUCCUGUCCCUCGUCACCUUCGGCGGCACCCCCUACACCGACAACGACCGCACCGUGAGCUGCAAGGUGUACUACCUGCCGGAUGCCACCGUGCGCCAGUUCAAGGAGCUGACGGAGAUGGAGGUGGGCAGCAGCCACUCCUGCGUGGCCGUGCUCGACAACUUCGUCUACAUCGUCGGAGGGCAGCACCUGCAGUACCGGAGCGGCGAGGGAGCCGUCGAUAUCUGCUACAGGUACGAUCCGCACCUGAACCAGUGGCUGCGCAUCCAGGCCAUGCAGGAGAGCAGGAUCCAGUUCCAGCUCAACGUCCUCCACGGCAUGGUGUACGCCACCGGCGGGAGGAACCGCUCGGGGAGCUUGGCCUCCGUCGAGAAGUAUUGCCCCAAAAAUAACGAGUGGACUUACGUGUGCUCCCUGAAGCGCAGGACGUGGGGGCACGCUGGAGCCACGGUAGGAGACAAAUUGUACAUCUCGGGUGGGUACGGGAUUUCGGUGGAGGACAAAAAAGCCCUGCACUGCUACGACCCGGCCGUGGAUCAGUGGGAGUUUAAGACCCCCAUGAACGAACCCAGAGUCCUGCAUGCCAUGGUGAGUGCAAAUAAUAGGAUUUACGCUCUGGGAGGCCGCAUGGACCACGUUGACCGUUGUUUCGAUGUUUUGGCCGUGGAAUAUUACGUGCCCGAAACAGACCAAUGGACAACGGUGAGCCCGAUGCGCGCGGGUCAGUCGGAAGCUGGCUGUUGUUUACUAGAAAAAAAGAUUUAUAUCGUAGGAGGGUACAAUUGGCAUCUGAACAAUGUGACGAGCAUUGUGCAGGUGUACAACACAGAAACUGAUGAGUGGGAAAGAGACCUACAUUUUCCAGAAUCUUUCGCUGGGAUAGCAUGUGCUCCCGUGAUACUGCCACAGGUAACGACCCAGAGAUAACUACACGUGACUGCGUCGGCCUGCGAAAUCAGCCCGUGUUGCAUGUUACCAGGAUGCCGUGUUGUUUCUUUGUUGUUUGCAAAUGGUAUUGUGCAUUUUGUGGGUGAGGGAAAGAGAAAAAUAGCUUGCGUUCCCUCCUCCAUAAAGUCCCUCCUCCUCUUGUGUAGUGUUCUGGCAAGCGUGCUUCAUCAGAAGCACUUGUCAGCUAGUUAGACUUAACAGAUGUUACAGCUGGAAAAAGCUUUUCUCUUUUUUUUUUUCAUUUUCUGAAAGCGGGUGGGGGGGGGAGUGCAUUUUGCCAACUUUCCAUAUUUUGAACAAUGUUACACGCUGCAAACACUGACAGCUCAGGAGUAACUAAGUACUGUGGUAUGUUUAAAAGAGUUCAGGUGUGAUUUUUAUCAAUCGCUCCAAACAUCAUUGUUAUGUCAACCUGUUGUUUUCUAGCAAACAAGAACCAAAACCUGUAUAACAUACUGACCUCCAGAAGCAAUAAAGGGACAGUGGGAGCUACAAGAGCUCAGGUGCUUGGAUUACGAAAGCAGAUUCUUGCUUUUCAAAGGUGACUCGCUCUAUUUCCCCCGUCCGAAAGGGGGAAUGCUUAUCCCUGCACACCUCUGGUCUCCACUGGGUCUUCGUUGUUUGGAUCACACUGCACUUCCAGAUCCCCUCCUCACCCCUCCAGGCAGCAGCAUGAUAUUCCUGUCCAGAAGUUCUCCCUUCACUGGGGCGUCCGCAGCACUAAAGCCAUGUUGAUAACUUGAUGACGUGUAAAUGGGCAUGAUUUUUUAGAACUGCCAACGACCCGGUUGGCUUCACUGGCAAUAAGAGCUCAGCAGCUGUUCAUCCGGGCUGGAGCAGGGAGCACCCAGGGUUUCUGUUCUGGGGCCCUGCUGCCUUCGCCUUUCGGAUCGCUCCACCUGCACACAUCAUCCAAACUCUUUGCACAGUAAAGGAGGUGGGUGCUACUUGCUCACGUGCUUGAAGGUUUUCUCCCUUGACGUGUAAAUAAGAUUCCGGGCAUCAUAAUAUGAUGGAAGUCUACGUGGAAUGUGUUUUGUUGCCAGUGAGUAUUUUAAAUUAAGAGGUUCAUGUUAAGGUGGCUCUGUUGUUUUUGUAAGAUCUGUGUUUACUGCACAGAAUACUGUUACUUCCUGAACUUUCCUUUCCUCCAAGCCAUUUUUCUAAUUAAUUUGACUGAUUAAUGAACUGAAAGUUUCUCCUUUUAUCAGGUAUUCUGUUUCAAGGGCUUUGUUUUGUAUCUGUAUAAGUUUGAUUUUGAUGUAUGCAGCCUUCUUUUUAGAGACACUGUUGCAUUCUGCUGUUAAAUAAAUGCUCUGCUGUAACCUUUAGAGACAAUAUAUAAUGUCUGUUUUGCUGAUGAAUCAUUCAUCAGGUCUGUGUAAAGCAUGAACCCCAUACCUCAGAUUCACUGAAAGAUAUUUUUCUCUAAUAAUUAAAUCCAAGCACCUUUGGGUAUGAUACGGUGAGGGCACAUGCUCCUCAGUUAAGCUCUGCAUUCUGAAUUUUAGUUAAAAUGGUGCACAGUUUCAUCUGUUUCUAUCUAUUUGCUGGUUUGCCAAUAAUAAAUUGAUGAAAAGUG